UGUAGAUCCUCCAAGUAUUGACGUGUUCCAAGCAAGUGGUAAUCAGGUUUAUGAAGAAUCUUCACAGUUUAGCAUUGUGUGUAAGGUUGACAGCUAUCCACUUUCUAACAUUUAUAUUGAGAACAAAGAAACUGGAAAUAUAAUAUCAUCUAGUGGGCCGAUAAAAUCUCUCAUAUUCAAUGAAGUAUCUGCUAAGUGUUAUCAAACUUCUAAUUAUACAUGUAACAGCCGAAACUUCUAUGGAUCAACAUCAUCAAUUAAACUAGGGAUCCAUAUUCAUUGCAGGCCAAGAGCUUUAGAUGGAAAGUCAACUAUCAUAACUGGAAUACAAAAAGGAAAAGGACUGAAUAUAUCUACUCAAUUCGUUGGAUACCCUCUCCCAACGAUAUCUUGGAAAUUUAAAACAAACAUAUCGGAUAUACUUACCAUACUCUCUGGUGAAUUCCAAACAUUGUCAGAACCAUUGAAUGUGUCAAAAAUACAGACAAGUCUUACUAUAAUGACCUUGCGUCCAGAGGAGUUCGGUUACUACAUAGUUACAGCUAGCAUUCCAGGAAAUAUAUCUCAAAACUAUACAGUCACCUAUCAUGUGAUUUCAGAAAGAAAACCAGACGCUCCAAGCAAUAUUUCACUUGACUGUUCAAUUUCAAAUGGAAGAGCAUUCAUAAAGUGGAUUCCAGGUUUUAAUGGUGGAGUAGAUCAAACAUUUGUUGUGUCUUACAGAACAAAUACUGGGCUUCAGAAGAACACAGCUCAGAUAAACUUACAGUCCUAUGCAACUGUUACAGGAUUAAGAGAUCAAACGUUAUACCUUUUUAAAGUCGUUGCGUCAAAUAGAAAUGGAGAAACAUCGUCUGAGGAAGUACACUGUACAACGAAAGAAUCUACUGUCCCGAACAUAAGUGGCACAAUUGGUGGAAUAGUUGGAAGCAUUUUUCUGUUGAUAGUUAUUGCUCUAUUCAUAUUUAUCAUACGAAAAUACCAAAUCAAGUGCCUAGAAAGAGUCCCGAACCUCGGGUAUGCACAUAACAAACUUUUUAAUUAUUUAACAAAAUAUAUGUUGCAUUGAGAAAAAAAGAUAUAUUUGAUUACUUCAUCUGAAGAAAUGUAAGUUCAUUCAUAAUCAUCAUUUAACUAAAUAAGAUGAUUCUUUUAACGACAAGGAAAUAUUUAAAGAAAAAGAAAAAAAGCGUUUGAUUUAUGAUUAAGCUUUUGUGAAUGAAAUUCAUCAUGUACAUAUAUCUACAUGAAAAUACGAAUCAAAGCAUAUAUAGAUAAAUGUACAUAAUCAAAGAUACGUUAAAGCAUUGAAUUGUUUUGGUUGUUAUAGAUUUAUAACAAUUUGUCAC